GUAGCAAAGAAAGCAUAGAGUCUUCUCUUCUCUUCUCUUCUCUAGGAGUGUAAUUUUGUUGUUGUGGUUAGUGCUUCCGUGACACUCACUUGUUUGCAACAAGUGGAGGGGAGUGUUAUAGGAACAUAAUUUGGAGGGAGACAUUUCAGUUUCAGAAACGUUACAAAAUAUCUGUUGUGUGUGUGACUGUGAAAGUUAAUAUAACUAACAAAAUGGAUACACGAAGUGAAAUGAGGCAUUCAAAGUUCAAGAGGAUUUGUGUGUUCUGUGGGAGUAGCCCCGGCAAGAAGAGUACCUACCAAGAUGCUGCCAUUGAACUUGGCAACGAAUUGGUCUCAAGGAACAUCGAUCUGGUGUAUGGAGGGGGAAGCAUUGGUCUAAUGGGUUUAGUUUCACAAGCUGUUCAUGAUGGCGGUCGCCAUGUCAUCGGAGUUAUUCCCAAGACCCUCAUGCCUCGAGAGCUAACUGGUGAAACAGUGGGAGAAGUAAAAGCUGUUGCUGAUAUGCACCAAAGGAAGGCAGAGAUGGCCAAGCAUUCAGACGCCUUUAUUGCCUUACCAGGUGGAUAUGGGACUCUAGAGGAGCUUCUUGAAGUCAUAACCUGGGCACAACUUGGUAUUCAUGACAAGCCGGUGGGAUUAGUAAAUGUUGAUGGAUACUUUAAUUCCUUGCUGUCAUUUAUUGACAAAGCUGUGGAAGAGGGAUUUAUCAGUCCAAAUGCUCGCCACAUAAUUGUAUCAGCACCCACAGCAAAAGAGUUGGUGAAGAAAUUGGAGGAUUACGUUCCCUGUCAUGAGGGUGUUGCUUCCAAGUUGAGCUGGCAGAUAGAACAGCAGCUUGCUUACCCUCAAGAUUAUGACAUGUCAAGGUAGUUGGGUUACUUCACAUGCACGGAACAUGAGACCAUAUAGAAUUUUGGAGCUGGAACGAAGUUAUAUUUUCGACUAUCGCACUAUUCUGCUUUUAUCCUUUUAAUUUCUUGUGUAAAUUACCAGGAUUGACCUUAAUUAAUAUGUGAUACUACUUUAUUAGUUAUUACCUUGUGAAACUUUGAUGCUCUUGAAUUUGUAAGUACCCCCCGCUUCUGAACUUACUAUUAUCAUUCAAUGCCAAUUAAUUUUUAAGUUUAA